GCUAGUAUUGUCUUCCUCAGUCACUCUACACUUUGCUUUUUAAAACAGGGUCUCUCACUCAACCUGGAGUUUAUCUGUUCGGGAGGCCAACUGGGUAGCCAGCAAGCCCAAGGAUCAGCCUGUCUCUCCCUCCACAGUGUUGAUAUGAUAGGCACACAGUGCUGCACCAACUUUUUACAUGUGCACUGGGGAGUCCAAGCUCCACUCCUCAUUGUCCAUGUUUGGCAAGCACUUUAGGACUGCUCCAUCUCCCGUCCUUUCCCAAAGGGUGUGGGUUAAGGCUAUAAUUGUUUUCCUCCUCCUCUUCAUACUCCAUAUCAACAUUAAAAUUUAUAGCAUUCUGCCUUCUCCUUUGUUUAUGAAACACCCUCUUAGGUACCUUGGUUCCUAAAGCUAGUAGAAUUCUAAGAUCAGGCCAUAGAAGUGGGAUGUGUGGACUAUAAUUGAUGAAUUGACAGAAGAAACAAUUACACUUGGUACAGCUCAUUUUAAAGCCUGAUAAUAUACUACUCUUUAUCACAAAAGCAAUCAACCAAGUUCAGAAUAUGGGAAAUUGUGUUUAAUGAGUAGAUUUUUCGAAACAUGAAUAGCACAGGGUAGAAGGAGAGUGAUUUAUAGAAUAAAAAAAGCCCUGUCAAUCAAAUGCAGUGUGUAGGUUUGGUUUGGCUCCUAUAGUGCCCAGAACAACUAUAAAAAGACACUUGGGAGAAAAUUGGAACUGGGUAGAUAGUAUACAUCUGUAGUCCCAGUACUUGACAAUAAGAUAGAGGGGUCAGUUUACCUACAAACCGGCCUCCAACCUACACAGCAUAGUGAGACACUGCCUCAAAAACAAGUGCAAGUCACAAUAAUUGAGAGAAAUUGAAAUACAUGGUAUUUAAAAACAUUAAGGAAUUAUUAAUUUUCUUAGAGCUGCAUGUGAUAUUGUUAUGAGAAGCCCUCAGGUAAAGAUAACCUGUUGGAGUAUUUACAAGUGAGAUGAAAUGUUCUGGGUUUCACACAUGCACACAUGCACAUACUCAUGAAAGAAAAAAAAAGAGCUGGAAAAUAGAAUUUAUUAAGUACAUGAGGAGCCAUUUUAUUAUUUUUCUCAGCUUUUAUUAUAAGAAAAACUUUUGAAAGGAUGAAUUGUACACUCAAGAGUCAGAGACAAGAUCACAAGUUCAAGACCUGUCUAGGCAUCAUUGGCCCUUUUCAGAACAAACAGCGCAUGGGUUACACCUUAUGAGAAUUCGCUGCACACUCACAGGCCUUUGGCUUGACCCAGGGCUACUUUCUCCCACUCCCCCAAGAAAGGUUGAAAUUUGAGGAGCUGGCUUUGUAGGCAGUAUCUUCUGUUACAGAGGCAGUCCUGGAGCUCCCUGGAUAUGGAUAAGUACCAUAUCCAGUGAGUAAUUGCUACAGUGAUCAUGUCACCUUCUAAUGUCCUAUCAUAGUGUUGUUCUCUUCCAUCCCUCACUAAGUCUUUCCUCUCUGAGCCCACAUGCUUUUCCUCUCAUUGGCAUGCUAAUGGCUUUGGAGUCUCAUGAUCUUUUUCUUCAAUUGAAAAUAGAUUCUUUUCUCAUAUGAUAUUUCCUGAUCUCAUAUGAUAUUUACUAAUGGAAAAGGGUAAAGAGAGGAGGAUAGUCCUGGAGGUCUGGGGCCUUACAAAAGUCAUGCUUUUUGCUUUAAUAAGGGGAGUGCUAUUUCAGGCAGCCUGUAAUGACCUAUCAGGACAUUACAAUGUUGCUAUUUAAGGUAACUUGUAAUGAUCUGUCAGGACAAUAUUACCCUCUAUGCUUUUGACUCAUGAAUGGUUUCCCUUUUGCUCCUGGUGACUAAUAAACAUUUCUGGACUACCAAGAACUUUGCACAGAUUCUAACAAGGUGCUGCCUUUAUGCCCUGAACCAUAAUGGCACAUGGCUUCACAGGAGAAGAGCAAGCUGGCAUUCAGUCUUCACUACCCUUGCUCUUGGCCUGAUGCACUUAUGCACAGUCUACACCUGACAGGCGUGUUAACUGAGAAUAAACCAACUUACAUGCACAGUAGUUUUUGGCAUUAGUUUUUUUGUUGUUUUUUUUUUUUUUUUUUUCCAGAACUGAGGACUGAACCCAGGGCCUUAGGCUUGCUAGGCAAGCACUCUACCACUGAGCUAAAUCCCCAACCCCUGGCAUUGGUUUUUGAAUAGUACAUAUCUCUUUACAGUAGAUAGAAAAAUUGAAAUGUUCAUUGUUGGAAUUAUAAAAGCAUUUGUUAAAUGUUAAGCAAAAUAUUAUUUUAAUUGAGUUUUAUAAGUUUUACAGAUGAGUAGGAAAGCAAAGUAUUUCUAUUAACACUCUGAUUAGUGCUUUAAGUGUGUUGUGUAGAAUCUUUGUUUUGGUUUGUAUUUUUGUUUGUUUUUUGAAACAGGAUUUUUCUGUGUAGAUCUGACUGCCCUUUAAGUCACUCUGUAGACCAAGAUAGUCUCAAACUCAGAGAUUGGCCUGCCUCUGCCUCUUAAGUGCUGUUAUUAAUGGUGUGUGCCACCACCACCUGGCUAGAAUCCUUAAUUACAUGUGAAAGCAAAACCACAUAACAUAUAACACAUGUAGGCACAUACAUGUGUUAUUUUUCCUGAACAAUAGUUCAAUGAUUGGUUAGUAAGUAUUUUCUUACUUCUAAAGUAUACCUUUGUCCUAUGUUAACAUUUCUUGUUUUCAGAACAUUUUAUUCCUGCUACCCUUGAGUGUCUGUAUAUGAGUGUGCGUAUGUGUGACCACACGUGAACAUGUAUGAGUAGUUAAGAGUCUGUCCCCUUGCUAAUUAGUUACAUGGCCUACCAUGUUCUGCCGCUGAGAAGUCUCCAGCCAUAUAUUUAAAUUUUGUUAUAUACAAUAAUGUACUGAAGGUUGGUCUGGGCAACUCUUAUAGCUUCAGUUCGUCUCAAAUUCAUUAACAUCCUACCUCUACUACCCAAGUGCAUAUUUUAUUUUUGAAGUGGGAUGCACAAGCAUGUGUGUGUUUGUGUGUGUCCAUGCAUGUGCAUCACAAACAUGAGCAUGCCUGUCUGUGUGGAGGCCAGAAUCUUGGGUAUCAUGUCUGGAGCCACCCAUCUUGCUUUUGAGGUAGGGUUUCUCAGUGAUAUUUGGUGCUUACUAAUUAGGAUAGGCUGUCUAGGUCCCCCUAUUUACCAGUAGGUUCUUUACUCUCUCUCUGAGCUGUUAUUCCAAUUUUUUUUUUUUUGUUCUUUUUUUCGGAGCUGGGGACCGAACCCAGGGCCUUGCGCUUCCUAGGUAAGCACUCUACCACUGAGCUAAAUCCCCAGCCCCUGUUAUUCCAAUUUUUAAGCUCCUAAGUCAGUAGUGAAACUUAAUUUACAAGAUUUCAUAAUCAAGUCAGAAUAAAUAAAUUAAUCUCACAGACCGGUAAGAUGAUUCAGUGGGUAAAGACACCUGUCACCAAAACUCAUGACCUGAGUUCAGUCUCAGGACCCACAUGAAUUGAUGGAAGGAGAAAACUAAUUCCUAAAAAGUUAUUUAUUAUCUGUCUUCUAACCAGCAUAUGCACAUGAAUUAGCCCCCACACCAAAUAUGUAAUAAAUCUGAGAACUAUGCAAAAUGUAAAGUGUUGAAAUUUUUCCAUAGAGUAACGGACGAGAUUGACGUUUUCAGAGGUGCAGGGUUUAGAGCUGGAGCGCGGGCUCAGCAUAGUGCCCUUGCAGAAGACCUCAGUGGAGUGAGAGCCCAGCUCUCACAGCAGCCUGCAUCUCCAGCUCCAGAGGGCACUGGGAUUCAUUCGCAUGCAAACACAGUCCUGCCCACCUGUAAAUACCCCAAUUAAAAACAUAUUUUAAGAUGUGUGGUUUUUAAAAUUAAAAAGCUCAAAACUAGAAAAAAAGCAAUAUUAAGUCAUUAAGUGGCGGGUAUUUGGGGUUUUUGUUUUGUUUUUUAUAUUUAGUUUAGUUUUUCUUUUAGUAUUUUAUUUUUGUGGGUAUAAGUAUGUACCCUGAGGCACAUGUAGAGGUUGAAGACAAGUUUGGGGAGGUGAUUCUCUUCCAGCAUGUAGGUCCUAGAGACUGAACCCGGAAAGUUAGGCUUUGAGACGAUGCCCUUUGACCUUCGUUACCUCACUGACCUCUUAUGUUUACUUUUCAUUCCUAAUUUUAGUUGUUUGUAUAUCAGAUCUCUUCUUGGUCAGGAGCUAGCUGCAUUCUCGCUCCUGGUUCCUCACCCAGUUAAUCAGUGGCAGCUUUUGGUUUGCUGCUUAUUGCUGCAUUUGAUAGUCCUUGGUAUGUCUCUGGUGACCUUGAGAAGUCCAUGUGCAGAAGCCAGUUGAUAGCAUAUAUGUUUGCUUUCUGAAUCAUUUCGUACAUUGCAGACUUUUAGCUAAAUGGCACUUGAGUGUCUUCCAUCUUACCAGUUAGGUUUGCCUUCACUUUGAUGAAAAGCUCUUCAUUUUACAUAUUGCUGGUUAAAGAAAAAAGAAAACACUGUUAAGUAAAACCCUUUGUUUAUGUGCAUACACAAAAACGUUUUCACCUAAGGAGUGAAUACAGUUGUCUGCACAGGAAGUUUCAACACAGAUUAAACUUUUAAAAGAUUAUAUAUUCAUUUAUCUUAUAUAUAUGAGUGCACACUCACUGUCUUCAGACACACCAGAAGAGGCCUUUGGAUUCCCUUACAGAUGGUUAUGAGCCACCAUGUGCUGGUUGGGAAUUCAGGAUCUCUAGAAGAGCAGUCAGUGCUCUUAACCCCUGAGCCAUCUCUCCUGCUCUAAACGGUUUUUUUCCUAAGAUUUAUUUAUUUUAUGUAUGUGAGUGAUCUGCAUGUGUACCUGCAUGCCAGAAGAGAAACUAAAUAUAGUUGGAAUUUGUCUUGCUUUGAGAAUAUUUGCCUUUAUUACCUUAAACAUAUAAAUAAUGCUUAUUCUCACUAUGAAAAUAUGAAAAAUGGCUAGUUACAUCCUAAGUCGCAUACAAAAGACUUAUGGUUGACUUUUUCCCCCUUAGGUUAGCAGUGUGUUCUAUUCCAUUUAAGGGACGAAGCACAGAUAGGAGCUAGGAUUCAUGUUCUUCUGUAUAGAUAAGGUUAAAUCAAAAUUAGAAAAAGUUUUGAUAUUUUUCACCAUGGGUUUUGGUUUGUUUUGUUUUGUCUUCCUAUGCUAAGAUAAACUUUUUCUUGUCUAAGAAAAGAUCUGGUGCUGGAGAGAUGGCUCAGCCGUUAAAGGCUUAGGCUCACAACCAAAAAUAUAAGAAAAGAUCUGAGGCAUCAGAUAAGAAACUGGUCAAAUUUAUAGUAAUCGCUGAAAAGGAGUGAUUGAACCCAGAGGUACCAUGUGAUUCCAGUAGUAAUAAUUUUGUCUUACCUAAGUUGACCUGCCAGAAUGUUUAUUAAAUUUUAAUUAUAUAGUAAUAUAGCAUAUGCAUGCAAGAAAUACCCUGACAUUCAGAGGAAAACUACAAACAGAAGGGACUACAGUUACACGUUCUCUGGAUUGCUAGAGUCCAUGAUGUUUCUUAAAGGAGAUUCAGCCUAACACUGCAUACUUCGUUGUUACAUGCACAAACGAUGUGCUCAUGUCCAGUGCAGUGUAGAGCUGCUGAGUCACUGCACACUUUACAGUAGUCUGUCAGUAAAUUGCUGAAUACUCUUAUUUUGAGCCAAGUCGUGAUGAACUUUUUCUUAUCUUUAUUUAUUUAUUUUAUUCAUUUUUUUGUUUUUUAAGAUUUUGUGUGUGUGUGUGUGUGUGUGUGUGUGUGUGUGUGUGUGUGUGUGUGUGUAGCCUUGACUGUCCCAGAACCCGCUCUAUAGACCAGGCAGAGUCCGGCCUGCCCCACCUCCUGAGGGCUAAAAGUAAAGGCAUGCAACACCACUGCUUGGCUUCUUUAUUCAUUUUUUAAUUUUGUUUUUUGUUUUGUUUUGUUUUGUUUUGAGGCAGUCUUGCUGCUCUUUAGCCCAGUUGGCCUUGAAUGUGGAUCCUCCCCCUUCAACCUCCUGAGUUCCUGGAUACUAGGCAUUCACCCAUUCUCUUCAUAAAUGUACUUUUGGAGAGGAGCAGAAACAACAGUUGAUUCAUGAAAUCAUAUUUUCUUUGAAGUAGAAAUUAAAUUAACAGCGAGGGUCCUGAACUGGGGAAGCUAUUCAGUGGUAGACUACUAACACGGCACAUGCAAGGCCCUGGGGUCAGCAGCUGGCAGCACAGAACAACUAUUGCUCAGUUAAUCGAUUAUUUUGUUAACAAGGACUUUUUUCCUUAUGUUUUAAAACUAUGUUUAUAGUUUUGACAAUAUGUUGCAUAGUGUUGUGUUUAUAUUCUCUAGACUUUUCAUCAGUAAAAAUUCAUUUUAACCUGCCAAUCAUUUAAUAAUAGAAAAAUGAACUGUGUAGAUGGGAUAUUAAACCGCACGAGGAGCUGAGCUGUUGUUUGUAUUCUUAGCUGCCAGUGCUGCUUCUUGGUUGGUGAUUCUUAGAGCCCACUUACACCUAGGCUCGGUGACCUUAUACCAAGGAGGCAGCAGUGUGGCAGUAAAUAUUUAAAAAGGCAGAACCUUUUAUCCUGCACUAGUGCUGGCACCUGUAGGUCCACAUGGCACUGUGGGAUAUCUUUAUCUCAGUGGCUCCACGGUGCCCCCAAGUACUUUCAGACCCAGGUGGUCCAUGAGCCGUUCCAACAUGGCACCUUGCCCAACUGGUCCCUAGAGUCAGUUCUGGCACUGGAGGGCCAUAUGGACCUAUCUAUAAUUUAUCUCUGGUUAGUAUCUCUCCCAGCGGCUUUCUACUAGCUUCAGACUCUCUGGUUCCAACUACCUGGUAGACUGGUCUGUCUUGACUCCCUGCUAUGAACUCUGCCCACACUCCCCCUGGUAGUUAAAGAAUAAACUCCCAACUACCCGGUGAAAUCAUAACUCAAUAGACUGUAACUCAGCAAUCAGAUUUAUAUGUUAAAUUCUCAAUCCACAAUACAUCCACACAAUAAACUCACAACCAAUUCAUAAGGAUAUAAACUGCCCACUCACAUAAGAUAAAUUGACCUAUAGAAAUCCAUCCCUUAAGAAAUAUGCAUAACAACCUGUGUCUAUGUAGAGAUGCAUGGCGAGGAUUGUUUACAUCUGCCUCGAUGUUGCCUCUCCUUUUCCUUCUAAAACUUUGUUCCUGCCUCCCUUCCUUCUCAUCCAAUAGAUAGGCCUUGUUAUAUCAUGUGCCUACCUUCUCCUGCGUAACGGCAUCAACCUAUACAACAGCCCUGUACAGGAGGUUACAACAUGGACUAAACUUUUGUUUCUAUGAUUUAUUUAUUUCAUGUAUGUGCACCUGCAUGCCAAAGAAGACAUCAGAUCAUAUUAUAUAUAGAUAGUUGUGAGCCACCAUGUGGUUGCUGGGAAUUGAACUCAGGACCUCUGGAAGAGCAGCUAGUGCUCUUAACUGCUCUUAUGUUAAACUCUUUUUUUUUUCUUUUUUAAAAUAUUUUUAUUAGAUAUAUUUCUUUACUUACAUUUCAAAUUUUCCCUUUCCCAGUUUCCUGUCCAUAAGCCCCCUAUUCCUUCCCCCUCUCCCUCCCCCAUACAGGUGUUCCCCCAUCCACCUCCCUUACCGAACCCCUGUCCCAGACAUUCCCCCUGCACUGGGGUUCCCAUCUUGGCAGGACCAAGGGUUUCUCCUCCCACUGGUGCCCAUUAUGUUAAACUCUUAAGAGACAACUUUAAGAGCCAAGCACUUAACUUCCAGAGGCAUUCAGUAAUACCUCAUUUAGUGUUUGGACACUGCUGCCAAAAAUGGCUGAGGUUGCUCCGAAGUUAGCUAGCCGUCACAUCCUAUUACAUCCCUCCAGUGAACACUCAGAGCUUUGGGCUUCUGAAGAAGUAACGGAUCUGAGCAAAUCGGUAGGAUGUUAUGCUCUCCUGGUUCUUUGUUUGCUUGUGGAUUGUACUCAUGGUUGGCUAGUUCAUCGGCUAACAUGACUACACACUUGUACAGGGCUGGGGACAGUGUCUUGUAUUGUUUUAUUCCCAUUUCUGGUACCUCCUGGGCACUCUGAUAGUAUAGAGUAAAUGCAUGAUUCUUUGAGAGUUUGAGGCCUCAAGCAGAGCACUCAGCCUUUUGUUCUCUACAACAGUAUGAAUCUACCAGGAAGGAAUGUCUUUCAUCCUUUAUCUUUAAGGCUUUCAGCCCUAAAAUUUAUUUACCACUACAACCAUUUCAUCAAAAUCUGUUUUCAUAGUUUUAAAUAGUAUGUCAUUGCUAUCCUUGUUAACCUGGUAUUCACAAAAAUAAUUCACCCUUUCUGUACUUGUAUGCUACAUGAGAUAAAACAUAGAAUUUUAAGUCAUUUAAAUGGAAAAUUUUUUAGAUAUUUAAUUUUAUGUGUAUGAGUGUUUCGCCUGCACGUGUGUAUGAGCACUACUUGCAUACCUGGGGCCUUCAGAGAUCAGAAGAGGCACUGGAUCCCCUGGACUGGAGUUAAAGAAAGUGUGUGCCACCAUAUGGAUGCUGGAGUUGAAUUCAGUUCUGUAAGAGCAAGUGCUUUUAACCAUUGAGCCAUCUUCCCAGCUCAUUAAUUUGACAUUUUAAACUAUUAUUCAAUCUCUCAGUAGCAAAUAGAUAAAAAAGGUUUGCUGAAUAUGAUAAAUAGGGGAGGUGUAGGCAUGUCUUUUACUAGAGAAUGAGAGUAUACUUAGCAGACUCCAGCAAUAGCAGUAACUCUAAAUUUGAAGUGCUCAUUAUCUUCUGUAAGAUGUUUACAACAUUCUGUAAACAGCCUUCAGAGUGUAGCAUGCAGACAGUGGGGUCAUAUUGCUUAUCUGAGGAAGUAAGGUAAGAAAUUGACAUCUUAGAAGCUUGCAUAGUAGCUUAAUAGAGCAAUCUUUCUCUCUCUCUCUCUCUUUUUUUUUUCUUUUUUUUUUUUUUUUUUUUUUGGAGCUGAGGACCGAACCCAGGGCCUUGCACUUGCUAGGCAAGCACUCUACCACUGAGCUAAAUCCUCAACCUUAGUAGAGCAAUCUUAUAUCUGCUGAAUUUCAUGAUUUAAAAACUUGGAAUUUAUUUGGUGUAUCUUAAAUUUCAUUUUUUCAUUAAUUCACCUUGUUAUUCACAAGAUUAUUAGCAUGUAAUGAACUGGAUAUUUAAAAAAUUCUGCUUGGCCUGGUUGCACACUCCUCAGAGGGUGGAGGCAGGAUGAUCAGGGCUUUAAGGCCAGUCUUCAUUCCAUAGUGAGUUUGAGGCCAGGCCAGGCUGGACCAGGCUGGACUGUAUGAGACCAUGUCUCAUUGAAUAGAAGACUUCACCAGAAAUAGUUUGCAAAACACUAUUCUAAAACAGCAGUUAAUCAUCUUUCAGACUUGUGCCUGACCCUCCAAAUGACACCACACUCAAUGAGGGGAUUGAGUAGUUUUCUCUACCAUUGGUUGUAAGUAGGAAUCUGGAAUAAGUUUUUCUUUCAUGUAACUGUUUUUACCUAGGAAUCACUGCUCUAGGGCUGGGAAAACGACUCUGUGUAUGAGAGUGCUUGGUGUAUAAGCAUGGGGAUCUGAGUUCAAAUCUCAUCACCCACAUAAAGGGUGUAUGUGUCUGUAAUCCCAGCAUUGGGAGAUGGCAACAGGUAGAUCUGGGGCUCACUGGCCAGUCUGCUCUUCCAGAUUCAGUGAACUUCAAGUUCAGUGAAAGACUUUAUCUCAAGAGAAUAAGGCAGAAAGACAUAAAAGAGAGCACUUGAUUUCAUUUUCUGACUUACACAUACACAUAUGAACAUACCCACCACACACACACACACACACACACACACACACACACACACACACACAGAGAGAGAGAGAGAGAGAGAGAGAGAGAGAGAGAGAGAGAGAGAGAGAGAAUGAAUUCUCUCGUGUAAUACAUGUUUCUUUACAAAGUAAGUUAACAUUUGGGAGUUCUACACUUUAUAAAUUCUUCAAUUCAGACAUUUUAAAGAAAUGAUAGAGGGAGGGCCCAUGCUUACCUGAGGAGUUAUUGGUAGGUAACAGCUGCUGGAGAAAUGAGUGAAGGGUCGUUUUUCUUCUGCGGUGUAACCACUGGUAGGUAGCCUGUGUCCCAACUAAAUAACACAUAUCAUGCUCCUGCAAGCAACACUAAUUAACUUGAGUGGGUCACUUAAAAAAUAAAUAGAAGGGGGGUGGACUUACUGGAAAGAAAGAAUUCCGUGGGAGUGAGAGGCACAAAAGAGUGUAAGGAAGAAAUAUUAUCAAAAUAUGUUCUAUACAUUUAUAAAAGUGUUGACCUAAAUGAAAGUGUAAUUUUUAAUUUAUUUGAGUGCUGACUAAUGGUUGCCAUGAUUUAGUAAAAAUAUCUACUUAAAGUUGUGGUUGUGCAGGCCUUUAAUCCCAGCACCAGAAAAGCAGCAGCAGAUAGAUCUUUGUGAGUCCAGGCUAGCUUAGUCUAUAUAGUGAGCUCCAGACUGGCUCGGACUACACAGUAAGACCCUGUUUCAGAAAACAGUCGGAAAGCCUAGCAUGAGUAUUGUAAAAACAGUCAUCUGUUGGAACUGCUCCAGUACUUGUUGCUGCCUUUGCUAUUUGUUAAAACGCUGUCUGAAGUAAAUAUUGUAGGUAGAACUAUGGAUUGGACUUGGUUUGAAGGUUCCACCUCCGGUUCUUAUUUAGCUCUUAUCAGCAGGGAAAGUACUUUGAAUGCUGCCUAAAAACUUCAGGAGUUUAGGAGAGGCUCAGGUGGUUUGAAUGUUUCAAGGCCAGGAUUCAUUGUUCUUCACUAAGGAUUCCCAGUGAGCACAAUACUUUCAUAAACCCUUAUCCCUGUGUGGUGUGUGGUCUUACGUGUGUAAGUUAAUGAGAGAAUUCUGUGAACAGGUGUAUACAUGUGAAAACUUCACAGCGUGAGUGAUAUCUAGUCUGCUGUAUCUAUGUUCUGUUUUUAAAAUGUUUUUAUUUUUAUUGUGUAUGUAUUGCUAUUUUGCCUGUAUGUAUGCCUGUGUGCUGUGUGUGUACUUGAUGCCUGUGGAGGUCAGAAGAGGGCAGUGGAUUCCCUUGGACUGGAGUCACAGAUAUGAGUUUCCUUGUUGGUGUUAGGAAUCAAAACUCCAGGUUCUCUGGAAGAACAGCCAGUGCUCUGAACAGCUGAGCCAUCUCUCCUGCUUCCGUGUCCAGUGUUUAAAGAUAAUAUACCUGAGCUUUGAUCAAAUUUAAUUUUAUAUUUGAUUUAAAAGUGAGUUCUAUUUAAAUUUAAAUAUACUACAAUAUGUUUAAUCUAUCUAUGGGAUGUUCUCAAGAGUGCACAAAAUGGCACUUGUCAUAGUUCAUGUCUUAAGAUACAUUGAGCAGUUAAAUAUCAGGGGUUUUGCUUUCUGCUCACUAAUAGUUUUCUUAUAUAUCAUGUACCCAACUUUCAAAUUCAUGCUAGAAGAAACUUAAAACUAUUUCAAGGUGGGCAUGGUGCCUCUUAUUUCUGUACUAAGGAGGCUGAGGCAGGAGGAUCAUAAUGUCCAGACCAGCUUAGGCGCUACUAUCAAGACCCAGUCUCAAAAUGAAGAAAAAAAAUUCAGCAAUCAGAUCAUAUGCCUCUAGGCUGGGCAUGGUGGCUCACCUUUAAUCCCAGCACUUGGGAGGCAGAGACAGGAGGAUCUCUAAGUUUGAGGCUAGCCUGAGCUACAGAGUUAAGUUCAGAACAGUCAGAGCUACACAGUGGGAUCCUGUCUCAAAAAAAAACAAAAACCAGACAAACAAAAAUUAAAGAUCAUUUGGCUUUAGGAUAUUCAUAUAUAAUAUCUGUCAGUUUCUGAAAACUAAGAUAAAAAUACAUAAGAUUUGAUCAAAAUCUGAAUAUUUUUGUGAUUGGAUAGAAUAAUUAAAUUAUCUUACAAUUUAAUAAUUUUUGUGAAAAUUUUCUACUGACUUGUCCAGUCUUUUCAUUUUAUUUAACUCAUCUUUAUUUUUAUUUUUUUUAAUAAACAGCUUGAAUCAGACAAAACACUGGUUAUCAUGAAUUUUAAGUUCAGCCUAAAAAUACAUAAUUGCAUGGGGUGGCACAGUAAGUUAUAAUUUAAAAAUAAUUACCCUAAAUAGUCUUGUUCUUUUGAAGGAUGACUAUUCUGACAAUUUAAAGAUAGAUACAAAUAAAUGUUUUACUGAAACUAUUAGCAAAGAAAAUGUGUCUAAUUUGGCCCUAAUAUGGACAACACUGUGGGAAGGAUAUGUUAAAAAUACCCCUUUGCAUAAAGACCCUGGCCUUGCCUCAGUAUCCUAUUAAUUUUAAAUGCCACACAUUUUUAAAACGUGACAGUGUAAGUAUUUCAAACCUGCACAACUCUGUCAACAUCCACAGCUCUAAAAGUGAAGCACAAGCAAAGCAUUUAUGCAGCUCUUGAACCUGUGUGUGAAAAGGAGCUUGACCGGACAGUGUCUCUGCUGAGUUUUCUUCUAAUGUAUUUACUAAGGUUUCAUUAGGAAAAUGUUCAAGCAUACAGAAAACUUGAAGGACUUAUGCAGUGUACACUCAUAAUCUUUAUUCCAUGUGAUUUCUAUACUUUCCUCUUUGUUACUCUAUUUUUUAAGCACUUUAAAGCUGUAGGAAUCAAAAUGCUUCACUCCCAACAACACUGAUAAUGUGUUUCAUUUGUAUUGUCUGUAAUGCAUAAUCUCUAAUACCAUGGUGUUGAAUUUACUUGAUUAUUCCUUUUUUAAAUUUUAUUUUUCUUUGAUGUUUUAUGUAUUUACAUUUCAAAUGUUUUCCCCUUUCCCUCCUCUCCCUCCUCCUGCUUCUGUGAGGAUGCUCCCAUUCCCACCCACCCACUCCCACCCUAACACCCUGGCAUUCCCUCCCCUAUACUGGGGAAAUGAGCCUUCACAGGACCAAGGGCUUCUCCUUCUGUUGAUGCUUAGACAAUGACAUCCUCUGCUACAUAUGCGGCUGGGGUCAUGGGUCCCUCCAUGUGUACUCUUUGGUUGGUGGUUUAAUCCCUGGGAGCUCUGGUGGGGUCUGGUUGGUUGAUAUUGUUGUUCUUCCUACGGGGUUGCAAACCCCUUCCCCCAAUUAUUCCUAUUCAUUGUUGAGUAACAGUCUGUUGUCUAAAUCUAUUGGUUUAUAUAUAUACUAGGCUGUUUCCUAUUUGGGCCAUUGUAAAGAAAGUUUCUAUGUACAUACUUGAUUUUUUUUUUUUUUUUAGUACUCUUAGUAUUCUUGGUUAAAAAUACUGAAAGGAUUUGCUGGGUCAUAUGGUAAAAGUAUGUUUUAGAUUUAUAAAAAGCUUCUAGAACUUGCCCCAAGGUAUUUAUAUGUGCUCCCCCCUUUUUUUUCACUUUCAUGUGUAUCUCCCUGAUGAUCCCUAAUGGGAAGUAUGUUUUCAAGUGUUUCUUAGCCAUCUGGUUAUUGUUCUUUGUCAGUUGUUUGUUUUAAUCAUAAGUCUUGUCUUUUUAUUACUGAGUUUAAGAAAUCUUUGUGUAGUUUAUAUCCAAGGUCUUGCAUUUCAAGACAAAUUGACAUAUCAGUUCACUUUCCCACUAACUUGAAUGUGUAUUAUUAUUUAAAGCUUAGAAUUUGUUCAAGGCUCUCUUUCUUUUGAAGUAAACGUCUUAUGCAGUGAAAUGCAAAGGGAUAUUCUAAGUGAAUUGACUGAAAUUGACAAAUGUAUACACCUAGUCCAGUCCUAGCAAACUCUCUAUUGUCAUCACUUCUGGAAGGUUUGCCUUGUUGGAGCCCAAUUAAUCUCUGCUCCACCUUCUCAGAGCCAGCCAUUGUACUAAUUAGAAAGUCCAUUGGCAAAAAUAGGUUAUAUUCUACAUUUUCACUUAUGUGUUAGGCACUUUGAUCCUGUUCUCAUUGCCUCAUUUCCUUCUCACGCACUGGUACUCUGCCUCUUCAUCAGUAGUCCUUCCUAAACUCUGAAUUCCACAUACAAGCUACAGUAAUAGCUGUCAUUCUGAGUACAGCUUAUUUUGCUUAACGUGAUGAUUUCUGGUUGCACUCCUUUUUUUAAGCCCAUGUUUUCUUUAUCCACUUCUGUUGUUAAACACCUAGACUGAUUUCAUCUGACUUUCCAUGCGAUAGCCUAGUUUGGUCUGUUUUAAAACCUUAAAACACUGCAAACACAUUCAUGUUGUAUUUAUUAAUUGUUCAUUUUUAAAUUCUUGAAUAGUAAAUAUACUUUGACUCUAGUUUUUUCCUGAUGAAUGUCUAAGGUAUUUCCACUUUAGAGAUGUCAAGGAAUAUGAACAUUUCGUGGAGCACAGUUUGAUUGUUAGGAGUAAAUACUUGAGAGUGAAGUUGUUGAGUUCUAGGGCAAUUCCAGACUCUCUUCCAGUUAUUCCCAUUAGCAGCCGGACCACAAUGUUUGAGGGUCCUUUCAUUCCACAUUGUUGACACACACUUGGUCUUAUUAGUUUUAGCUGUCUCACUGGGACUGUAUUAGAAUUUUAUUGUGACAGUGCAUUGCAUUUUAAGUAUCUGUGUAUGAUAUCUCACCUCUGUAAUUACUUUCUGUUCACAUCAUUCGUGUCUUACAUGACUUCACCUUCAGUGUUCUAAGGCUUGCACUUCUAUCUACAGUUCAUCCUAGGAGAGAACUGUAAAAUUGCUGACCACUGUGGUCCAAAGCACUGAGUUGGUAAAUAAAUUACUCCUAUCAGAGUUUAUUAACAGGACUUUGUCACAUUCCUACUUGUUUAGUUUGGUGGACUUUUAGAGAGGAGAGGAGGGUGAGAGGGUAACAUUUAAAUUUAGUCUUUUUUUUUUUUUUGUUAGGGUUUAUUGAGUGUGUGUGUGUUCAUGUUCGUAUGCGUUCGCAUGCGUGCAGGUAUGUAUAAAUGAGAACAGAGGCAUCGGAUUCCUUGGGACUGGAGUUACAGGCGGUUGUAAGCUGCCUGGUGUAGAUGCUGGAAUUCAAACUUGAGUCCUCAAGAAUGCUUAAGAAUUCCUAAGAAUGUUCUCUUAACUGCUAUCCAGCCUUUGAAUCUAGGCUUAUACACAGAAGCUAUACACGCUUGUAAACAGUGUUUCUGUCCACCAACUACAGAACACUAGCCACAGUUCUGCUCUUCAUACAAUGAAUGUGAAAGGCAGGGUCCAAGUAGAAAAUGUACUGGUACCAAAAGUAUUAAUGUUGAACAGAUUGAUAAUUUUAAGUUCCUUCAAAUAAAUCUGUGGAGUAGCUGAGUUAUAAAUAUGAACAAAACACAAAAACAAAUGACAAUUUAUUUCAAAGAAAUAGAUAUUAAAUAAGCCAGAUGAGGUGGUGCAUACUUUCUUUUCCAGCACUGGAGAAACAGAGGCAGGUGGAUCUCUGUGAGUUCAUGGGUAGCUAUGGGGAGAGAAGAAGAGAGAUGAAAAUAUUCUUAAAAAGAGACAUGCACAGACUUCUCUGGUGAUAAAUUUAACCUCUAUAGCAGUCUUCUAUUUAAACGUUGGUUGCGCUCUAUUGUCUAAGCAGUUGUAUAGGAAUAUCUGAGAUGGAACGGAAGCAUGAGUAUUUUAAAAGCUCCCCAGGUGAAUGAAUGCAAGCCCUGACUAUUAAGAACCCAUGAAGUGAAAGUUAAGUAUUUGUGAACUUUCUUUUAAAUAUAGUUUAUGGGGUUGGGGAUUUAGCUCAGUGGUAGAGCGCUUACCUAGGAAGCACAAGGCCCUGGGUUCGGUCCCCAGCUCCGAAAAAAAGAAAAGAAAAAAGAAAGAAAAAAAAAGGAAAAGAAAAAAAAGAAAAAGAAAGAAAGAAAAAAGAGAGUACUUAAAUAUAGUUUAUGUUGCCUACCAUAGGCUUUAGGUAUUUUAAAGUUUGCCUUACCAUUUACCAUGUCUUUAGGCAACUCUUGUAUCUAAAUGUCUGUGCAGUGAACUAAUGAGACUGAUGUAGAGUUUCUAGUGCAGUGCAGAGUACAAAGUAGGACCGACUACUGGAUCGCUCGGUCCUCUGGAGAGGGUGUGCUUUGAGUGAAUGCUGGUCACAUACUUUUACUCCCUAGUCAGUACAUUUUGCUCUGUCAUACUUGUCUGAUAGAAGACAUUUCUGAUGACAAAGUCUUGCUGUGUCAUCAACAUGGAAAGUAAUCUAAAGCUUAAUUUACUUAUCUAGCUCCCUGCCUGGGUAAUCAGCUGAGCACUUGAUAUAGCUAUUCAGUGUUACUGUGGAGUGAAGUAUAUUACAUGUGUGCUUGUGGGACUGCAGACACUGUAAGCAUAUCUUUAGGUUCUUUCUCUUUAAAACAGUUAUGUUGAAGCUUCCUUUACAUACCAUUUUAAAACUUUUAAAUAUAUUUUUCUUUUUUAAACUUGUGCUUUUGAUAAAAUCAAUUUAUUUUCUUGAUUGUCCUUGCAUGCAUCUAGGCAUCUAAAACUGUGUUGUUUAUAAACUAUGUAUGCAUCAUUAAAUAUUGGCUAAAUAGAUGUUUCACCUGAAGGAAGAGAAAAGCCUUUCACUGACUCUUGAAAGGUUUUCCCAUAUGCUUUGACCUUAAGCAACAGCGGAAACCAACAGCCUACCUUUUGUUUUCUGAGUUGACAUAGUGCCAGUCUUCAUUAAAGAGGGUAGUUUGUGAAAUAAAUUGUUCCUUAUCUUUCUCGUGUGAAGUAAAAGGACAGAGAUGGUGAGUAAGAAGUUGAGAUGAUGGAGUCCAGAAAGAUGGCAAUAAAUUAAGUAAAGGAAACUAUUGGGAGACACUGGGUGGACAGCUCUUGCUGAACUAAGCCCCGCCUUCAGCUUUCUGCCGCCUGGAGAAACAGCCCAGACAGUUGGGGUUCCACAGGUUAAGAACAAUAAGCUAGGGGUGGAGUGCUUAAGCCUUUUAAGAGAAUGAUAAACACAGCGGAAGGCGUGUCUUGAAGCGUCCCACUCCCUUGGGGCUGUGGUCACGUGGGCUUAGUACUUCCCGAUUCCCAGCCACUGUCUCCCUUGACUGUGCUCUGAGUGUGGAGGGACACUGGGACACACGGGAAGGAAAUUUAAACGCUGAGAGCAAGGGUCUGUAAGAACAAUGCCGCACUUCACCGUGACCAAGGUAGAAGACCCAGAGGAGGGGGCAGCUGGCUCCCUUUCUCCUGAGCCCAGCUCAGCAGCAGUAAAAGCCCGGAUUCAGGAUCCCGAAGAACCAGACCCGAAUCAGAACUCCAUCACAGGGGAGCACAGCCAGCUGUUAGAUGAUGGACAUAAGAAAGCUCGAAAUGCUUAUCUCAAUAAUUCCAACUAUGAAGAAGGAGACGAAUAUUUUGAUAAAAAUCUGGCACUCUUUGAGGAAGAAAUGGACACCAGACCAAAGGUGUCUUCUCUCCUCAACCGCAUGGCCAACUAUACAAAUCUGACACAAGGAGCAAAGGAACAUGAAGAGGCAGAGAACAUCACCGAAGGGAAAAAGAAGCCUACCAAGAGCCCCCAAAUGGGUACUUUCAUGGGUGUCUACCUCCCAUGUCUACAAAAUAUUUUUGGAGUGAUCCUCUUUCUGCGUCUUACCUGGGUAGUGGGCACAGCUGGAGUCCUUCAGGCCUUUGCCAUUGUCCUUAUCUGCUGCUGCUGUACAAUGUUAACUGCCAUCUCCAUGAGUGCCAUCGCCACUAACGGAGUGGUGCCAGCUGGAGGCUCAUACUUCAUGAUUUCCCGGGCCCUGGGCCCAGAGUUUGGCGGGGCUGUGGGCCUCUGCUUUUAUCUUGGCACCACAUUUGCAGCAGCCAUGUAUAUUCUUGGUGCCAUUGAAAUCUUUCUGGUGUAUAUUGUCCCCCGAGCUGCCAUCUUUCGGAGCGAUGAUGCACUCAAGGAGUCAGCAGCCAUGCUGAACAACAUGCGUGUCUAUGGUACAGCCUUCCUGGUCCUCAUGGUCUUGGUGGUGUUCAUCGGCGUACGCUAUGUGAAUAAGUUUGCCUCACUUUUCCUGGCCUGUGUAAUUGUGUCGAUCUUGGCUAUCUAUGCUGGUGCCAUCAAGUCUUCCUUUGCUCCACCACACUUCCCGGUCUGUAUGCUGGGCAACCGCACCCUGUCAUCAAGACACCUUGACAUUUGCUCUAAGACCAAGGAAGUUAACAACAUGACAAUACCAUCAAAGUUAUGGGGAUUCUUCUGCAACUCAAGUCAGUUUUUUAAUGCCACCUGUGAUGAGUACUUUGUUCACAAUAAUGUCACCUCAAUCCAGGGCAUUCCAGGGUUGGCUAGUGGCAUCAUUACUGAAAACCUUUGGAGUAAUUAUUUACCAAAAGGUGAGAUAAUUGAAAAGCCAUCAGCCAAGUCAUCUGACGUUUUGGGCAACUUAAACCAUGAAUAUGUUCUUGCUGAUAUUACCACCUCCUUCACUCUUCUGGUGGGGAUCUUCUUUCCUUCUGUCACAGGUAUCAUGGCUGGGUCAAACAGAUCUGGAGAUCUGAAAGAUGCUCAAAAGUCUAUCCCCAUUGGGACCAUCCUUGCCAUCCUGACCACAUCCUUCGUGUAUUUAAGCAAUGUUGUCCUUUUUGGUGCAUGUAUCGAAGGAGUUGUCCUCAGAGACAAAUUUGGGGAUGCUGUAAAAGGGAAUUUGGUUGUAGGCACCUUAUCCUGGCCAUCCCCAUGGGUGAUUGUUAUUGGCUCCUUCUUUUCAACGUGUGGAGCUGGACUUCAGAGCCUCACAGGUGCACCUCGGCUGCUGCAGGCUAUUGCCAAGGACAACAUCAUACCUUUCCUUAGGGUUUUUGGACACAGUAAAGCUAAUGGGGAACCUACCUGGGCCUUACUUCUAACUGCUGCCAUAGCAGAGCUGGGAAUUCUCAUCGCCUCCCUGGAUCUCGUGGCCCCAAUUCUUUCCAUGUUUUUUCUCAUGUGUUACCUCUUUGUGAACUUGGCUUGUGCCUUGCAAACAUUACUGCGAACCCCCCACUGGAGGCCUCGAUUCCGCUACUAUCACUGGGCCCUCUCUUUCAUGGGAAUGAGUAUCUGUCUAGCUCUGAUGUUCAUUUCUUCUUGGUAUUAUGCCAUUGUAGCUAUGGUAAUAGCUGGCAUGAUCUACAAGUACAUUGAAUACCAAGGGGCUGAAAAAGAAUGGGGCGAUGGUAUCCGUGGGCUGUCACUCAGUGCAGCCCGCUUCGCUUUGCUCCGCCUAGAGGAAGGCCCUCCUCACACUAAAAACUGGAGGCCUCAGCUGCUUGUACUGCUAAAGCUGGAUGAAGACUUACACGUCAAGCACCCUCGCCUCCUCACCUUUGCCUCACAGCUCAAGGCAGGAAAGGGACUCACCAUUGUGGGCUCUGUCAUCGUGGGGAACUUCCUGGAGAACUAUGGUGACGCUCUAGCAGCAGAGCAGACCAUUAAGCACCUCAUGGAGGCAGAAAAGGUAAAAGGGUUCUGCCAGCUGGUAGUGGCUGCCAAGCUGAAAGAGGGCAUUUCACACCUCAUCCAGUCCUGUGGCCUUGGAGGCAUGAAGCACAACACAGUGGUGAUGGGCUGGCCCAAUGGCUGGCGUCAGAGUGAAGAUGCUCGUGCUUGGAAGACUUUCAUUGGCACAGUUCGAGUGACAACUGCUGCCCAUCUAGCCCUGUUAGUGGCUAAAAAUGUCUCCUUCUUUCCCAGCAAUGUGGAACAAUUUUCUGAGGGCAACAUUGAUGUGUGGUGGAUUGUGCAUGAUGGGGGCAUGCUCAUGCUAUUACCAUUCCUACUGAAACAGCACAAGGUUUGGCGAAAAUGCAGCAUACGGAUCUUCACAGUAGCCCAACUAGAAGACAACAGUAUCCAGAUGAAGAAGGACCUGGCCACCUUCCUGUACCAUCUGCGCAUCGAGGCCGAAGUGGAAGUGGUGGAGAUGCAUGACAGUGACAUAUCUGCCUAUACUUAUGAGCGCACCCUGAUGAUGGAGCAGAGGUCCCAGAUGCUUCGGCACAUGCGGCUGUCCAAAACAGAACGAGAUAGAGAGGCACAACUGGUGAAAGAUCGAAACUCAAUGCUUCGCUUAACUAGCAUUGGCUCUGACGAGGAUGAAGAAACAGAAACUUACCAAGAGAAGGUGCACAUGACUUGGACCAAGGAUAAAUACAUGGCAUCCCGGGGGCAAAAGGUCAAAUCAAUGGAAGGAUUCCAAGACCUACUUAAUAUGCGUCCGGACCAGUCCAACGUGAGACGGAUGCAUACAGCAGUGAAGCUCAAUGAAGUUAUAGUUAACAAGUCCCACGAAGCAAAGCUGGUUUUGUUGAAUAUGCCAGGACCACCCCGAAACCCUGAAGGUGAUGAGAACUACAUGGAAUUUCUAGAAGUGCUCACUGAGGGAUUAGAGCGAGUCCUCCUCGUCCGGGGUGGUGGCAGUGAAGUCAUCACCAUAUACUCAUAGUCAUCUGUGGGAGACUCUGCGUGAUCCGACCUUUCCCAAGACUCAUGGUCCCAUGGAGAUGACAGCUCUUUCCUACCACUCCCACUUUGUUCUUGCAGAGCUGAGCCCCAACUAUGCUCUUGGCUGCAACAUGAUCUGCCAUCCCAGCAGAAGCAAAUAUUCCCUCAACAGAGAAUGGUCAAGUCCUAAAAGCUAUUUCUAUGGCAGGAGAAGGCAAGUCAAAAUUAGCAAGCUAAGCCAAAGGGAACCUUUUGGCACACAGAAGGUAAUGAGUUAGAAAAACAUAUGCUAGAAACUUAACUAACAACAGAAAACAAGUUCAUAUCUAACAUUCAGGACGAGUCUCAGAAGACACAGGUCAGUGAGCACCAGAAAGUUAACAGGCAUUUAAGUCUCACCUUAGUAAAAAGUGAGUUACCAUUACAGAGAUAGCCUGCAGCAAGCCAGGAUAGAGACAAAGGAUACUGAUACACAAAACCUGAAACAAAGCUGCAGCCUCUACUUCCUCCUCAAAACAUAGAUCCCGCCCCCCCCCCCCCCGUGUUUGAUUGUCUGUACUGCACCACUGUAUACUUUAGCUGUCUUUGUUUUAAACCCAUUCUGUGGUUAUAAUGCAGACACGAGUCUUACUUUAGAAAUGGUUUUUUGAAAGGUAAAAAUGUUUUUUCAGGUUUUCUGAGCUAAGGGGAUUCCAAAGAGUGCCUGUAAAAUGUAUAGAAACACAGUGGUUAGCUAUGCAACACAAAGCACACAAGCUAUUAUCCAAGAAGUAUGGGUGGUUAUGUAGUUAACCAGAAGGGUCUCUUCUACUCUUAGCAGGCAUUGGUCUAACAAACAAAACCUGUAGGGAAGAGACACUCAACUGUGACACCACCUCCACGGCCCCAGGAUUCAGCGGGGUCCAGCAGUGGAACUGGGGGUGUGAAAGCCAUACCCUUUCCACUGUGCCAAAAUCAUCUGCCCACAUGGGCAGAUAGGUUUGCAUCAGCCUGACGCAAGCACCUUUUCUUUCACAAGAAAUCAAUCUGUGGCCUCUUCACCAAAGCCAUAGUACAGAUUUGAGGCACUUGACCUCCAUGCCCAGAGCUGAGCUUUUCCCAUUUCAAUAUUAUUCACUCUUGACUCCAGAAACUUGGCUCUGAAACAAGUGGUUUGCUGAGCCAGUGAUCUGCUGUCUUGGUUUUGUUUUCCAAAAGUUCUAAGUGUGCCAAGGAAAUACUUUUGUAAGCUCGGAUUCUUUUCUUUUUUUUCUUUCCUAAUUUACUGAUCACAAACACUUGGCUUACCAGCAUAGGCAGCCUUUGUGGCUGAGCAGUAUUUUCAAGUAUGUGAAACCCCCAUAUCCUUUACAUGAUAGUUACUUAAAAGACUGUCUUCUUGCUUACUUACAUUCAUGGCUGCUUUUAAAUUUCCUUUCAUUGAUGGUAAAUUGUGCCACUCUCCAGACCCUGUAGGACAAGGAACCCAGAAUUCAGCCCAAGACAGAAGAAAACCCUCAAAUAUGGCUUGGGGAGCUGAAUCAUAUGGUUGGUUCAUCCUCCUCCCAGGCCCCCUCGAGGUAGCACAGGAUUUAGAAUGUUUUCCUUUGCCUCCUGCAGAGGGUAGAAACUGUACACAGUUCUCUUUCCAACACUCCAUUGCAUACUUGAGUGUAAUCGCCUAGGCUCCAAGGCAUUAAUUGCCCAUUCUAUAAAAGCCAGCCUGCCCAGGAACUGCCUAACACAUCUACCCCUGACCAAAGUGAUACUUUUUCCAUAUCAAACAAACAUGGGAAGAGAAUAAUAAGAUUACUUUUAGAAAGGCUGUUUGUGGUUAGAGCUCUGUAAGAAUCUUUUAAAGGGUAAGAGAAUAGUGGCUAUUAAUAUAGCUAUUACUUCAGUCCCCAAGACAAAAUCACUGUUACAUGGAAAAAUGGUUAUUAGGCCAGAUUUAUACUCAUCUCUGUCUAGAACAUUUCAUGUCUAUGUGUUGCUUAUGUUGUCUGUCUGCAAAGUGUCUUAUCUUUUAAUCACUGCAAAUAAAGCAAUACUGAAAACUUGAGAGAGAAAAUGCACCUUAGGGGAAGGGGCCAAAUGUUUCUAGAGGGACGAGGAAGACCUUCUCCUGCCUUCUUUAAAGACCCAGCUUUUAUGAGUUUAGCAGGGCAGGCUGUAACAUUCAUUCUCUCCCAACUGGCCCUCAGCCUUUCAUAGCUACCUUAAAAGCUGGAGUUUGAAUUGCAGGGCCUGCUUGACAGGUGCCAGCUUCUUCAUGGCAGAGAAAAAGUCGCUGCUUUUCACCUUUUGUUUCCUCCUUUUCUUGUGGCCCCAGGCUCCCACCAAUCCUCACUCCUUACUGUGGAUAUUAAGUUACACUGUAAGCUUAUUUACAUGCUCUUUUCCCCUGGUUUUUCUUGUCAUCAUGUAUAAUUUGAAUUCAGCGGUACCUUCUCACAUCUUCCAAAAAAAGUCUGCUUAUGUGAUAUAGAAGUGAAAUAUUAAAAUAGAUUUAAGGGGAACUUGUGAAACAUUAAAGCAUUGUUCUCAACCAUUUAAUUUAUUGAAAGGAGAUGCUGCUACUCAGCGGCUGCUAGUCUUUUGUUUACAUAGAGUCUGGUUUUGUUUGUUUUGCUCUGUGCUGGGAACAUAAAUAAAGUUUUCUACAUUAUUUUCAGUCAUAA